GAUCAUCACCAUGCAAAGCACUGACUACACGGUAGAAGCACUGGCCAGCAGCCCCAUCAGUCAGCUGGGCGAAGGUCCAAUCUGGGACGAAGGGACGCAAAGUUUGUACUACGUGGACAUCCACGAAGGAGCGAUUCACCGGUAUGAUUAUCAGCAGGGGAAAACGUUCAGCGCUACCAUUGAUCAUCUUCCACCACCAAUUUCCUUCAUCUUCCUGGUUGAAGAACGUCCCGAUCAAUUUAUUCUGGGAACUGGAGAUUCCCUUUCGCUGAUCAACUGGGAUGGUCGAUCGGCAAAGGGCACGUUCGUGCAGAAAGUCGCCGCUUUAGGUCAACGCUCCGUGCGGUUCAACGACGGAAAAGUUGACCAGCGAGGUCGCCUGUACGCGGGAACAAUGCUGCGCGAAGAACUUGGCGACGUGUUCCGGCAAGCCAAGGGUACGCUGUACCGGUUUGAGGGUCGGAUCGGUGGAUCGUUUUACGAGCAGAAGCAUGGCAUCGCCAUUUCCAACGGAAUCACGUGGGAUGCGUCCGGGGGGAAGUUUUACUAUGUUGAUUCCAGCGCACUGGACGUGAAGGAGUUCAACGUGGACGGGGAGGGAAAUUUGGCUGAUGAGCGGGUGUUGAUCGAUUUUAGCGUUCAAGGUGGACGCAAUCCUGGAUACGUUGGGGACGGGAUGACCAGCGAUUUGGAUGGGAAUCUGUACGUGGCUUGCUGGUGUGGAUCGCGCGUCUUGAAGAUCGACGUGAAAGCUGCGAGAACUGUGAAGGAAAUUUGGCUUCCGGUGCCGCAAAUAACUUCGGUAGCGUUUGGAGGACCUCAGCUAGACGAACUGUUUGUAACGACUGCCGCGACGAACAUGUACAGCAGUUCAAAGAUCGAGGGACUUGAUCAUAAGCAGCCUCCGGGAUCGGGUGCGCUAUUCAGAGUGACUGGUUUGGGUGUUAAAGGUAGAGGAUCACCCAAAUUUGUACUGAAAGAUUGAUUCGAAUAAAAAGUUACAACUCAAUACC